GCAGCGGCGCCGGCGCGCGGCGGGCGCGGCGCAUGCGCAGUGCGGGAGCGCGCCCGGCCCAGGCGAGUGUCCGGAGAUUUUGGGACGCCAGGAGCGGCGGAGCCCGGCCCCUCGCAGCCUCUGUCCCGGCAUGGCAGACCAGAAGCGGCUCGCCUUCUCCAUCAUCCAGUUCCUGCACAGCCAGCUCCAGAGCGGGAGCAUGUCUCCCGACGCGCAGGAGAGUUUGGAAGUGGCCAUCCAGUGCCUGGAAACAGCGUUUGGGGUCUCCAUGGAAGACCAAAGCCUGGCUGUGUCCCAGACCCUUCCCGAAAUAUUUGAAGCCGUGGCAGGGAAGGAGCCGGAACGCUCCAGGACGAACUCGGAGCCCGUCACGCCCUCGGAAGAUGACGUGGCUGAAGCUGAAAGACUCAAGACUGAAGGAAACGACCAAAUGAAGGCAGAAAACUUCGAGGCUGCCGUGUCUUUUUAUGGAAAAGCCAUCGAGUUAAACCCAGCCAACGCCGUUUAUUUCUGCAACAGGGCUGCUGCCUACAGCAAACUGGGGAAUUACGCGGGAGCCGUGCGGGACUGCGAGCGCGCCAUCGGCAUCGACCCCAGCUACAGCAAAGCCUACGGCAGGAUGGGCUUGGCCCUGUCCAGCUUAAACAAACACACAGAAGCUGUUGUUUACUACAAAAAAGCUCUGGAGUUGGAUCCGGACAACGAAACGUACAAAUCCAACCUCAAAAUAGCUGAACAGAAAAUGAAGGAGACUCCCAGUCCAACCGGCGGCCCCGGAGGCUUCGACUUGGCCGGAUUGCUGAACAACCCCGGCUUCAUGAGCAUGGCCUCAAACCUCAUGAACAACCCCCAAGUACAACAGCUAAUGUCCGGGAUGAUCUCGGGAGGCCACAACGCCAUGGGAGCGGCCGGGAGCAGCCCCUCCACCAACGACCUGGCCAGCCUGAUCCAGGCGGGCCAGCAGUUUGCCCAGCAGAUGCAGCAGCAGAACCCCGAGCUCAUCGAGCAGCUGCGCAGCCAAAUCCGCAGCCGGACCCCGAGCGCCAGCAACGAGGAGCAGCAGGAGUGAGCCCCUGGGAAUUCCAGGAUUUGCUUUUCCAGCUGGGAGCCACCUCCGUGUUGCCAAUUCCUGACUUGGGAGUGUCCAAGAGGGGGAAAAGCCCAAAACUCCAAGGGAUGAAAACCACAAAAAUCCCCAAAUCUCCCCGUGCCCUGCAUGUCACCGAGAAUUCCCACUUCCCGCCCUGCUCCUCCCUUUUUUCCCUUUUCCCAGGUUUAUUUUUUGGGUUUUUUUCCCUGGCAGAGCUGAACUCAGAAUUCCGCUGGGAAAUUCCCAGAUCCCCGCGGGAUUUGCUGCUGGGGGAUUUUUAUUCCCCAUUUUUUGGUUGGUUUUGGUUUUGGCUUUGGUUUUUUGAAGGAUUUCCAAGCGAAUUCCUCAUUUUUUUUCCUCUCCCCACUUUUCCCCUCGGGAGCCACUUCCAAGAAGUGUUUGAGUCCCUGCUCGGCCCCACCCUGGAAUUCCCGGGAUUUUCCACCUCUGGGAAUGAGGAUUUCCCUCCAAGUCUGGGAUUUUCGGGAAUUUGGCUGCUCCCCUCCCCGGGAUCCGCGGGGCAGUCAGGGCUGAGCCUCCCCCAGGCGUUUUUGGGGGUUUUCCCAUCCCAAAAAAUCCUGGAAAAUCCCAUUUGGGCGCGCGGCGCCGCUCUGGCAAAACGGGAAUCUCUCCCAUGGAAUGUGAGCAGGGAGGGAGUGAAGGGGUUUUUAGUGUGUUUAAAGGAGUUUUUUCCGAAUUAUUUUGUUUUUUUUUUUUUAUCUUAAUUGCAUGCCACUGGUCGGCCUGGCUGGGCUGGGGUGGAGGGAAUCCAAAAUCCCCUUUGGAUCCAAAAUCCCGGAUUUGGGCAGGGAAAAGCUCCUGGAGCCGCCUCAGACCCCAGCUGGGGGAGACCAGAGGGAUUUUUUGUUAAAUCCAGGAUGGAUUUCAAUCCUGUUUUUGGCUCCUGGGGGAGGAGGAGCCCCUCUGGAACGUUCGGGAGACGGAAAAAAUCAUGGGAAAAAGUGAUUUUUUUUUUUUGGCCGAGGCUCCGUGGAAUUCAUGUGGUUCGUGUCACUCGUGAGGAAUAAAAACCAUUUGGACACUUUGGUUGUUA